UACCUAUGUCUGAACACUUAAUUGUAUUUUGCCAUUGUCAUUCAGCCCAAGGAGAUUGUCUUCUGACCAGUAAUAGUAGUAGCGGUCCUCCAGAUCACAUGAUACCAGGAGCUCCGUUCUUUACCACCCAGGCCAUCAUCAUUAGCUACAAGUUUAACUGUUGUGGAGUAUAGUCACGGAGUGGAGAGCCUUCGUACACAACAGUAAUAACAGUCAAAAUGACUCGUAUCAGAUCCUUUUCAGCGUGUGGAGACUCUCUCUUGUCACUGAUGGCUGCUACAUCUUGAUCGGCUUUAACAUUUUCGAACUCUUUCCUUUACCACCGACCAAUUCUGUCUCUGCUGACAGAGGAAUAUUGGUUGGGGUCACGAUGGAGAGUGAGAGGAUUGAGGUCCAACCAUGAGAUGUGGUCGGGUUCUUACUCACGAAUAUCCAGAUUGGUAACAUCGAGUUUGCUAAUGAUUCUAACUACGAAAACGAAGAUGUUAGGUAUGCUGCUAAUGACAAAGUUACGCUUCAGACACCAGCUUGCCCAUUUCCAGCCCACCCACAACGUUAUCUCAAUUCUUCCACUAACCUGGCUCCAUUCAUUACAGCAACUAUUGGUGAGUCAUAAUUUUAUUAUGUACGUAUUUUCUAACUGAUUUUGUUUCUCUCCGAAGUGAGUAAAGACUGUCCACACUCAGUAAUAAUGACACCUGCACCUUCAACCUCAAUCGCCCCCCUCACACAAGUCACACAAGUCACAUCCCUCACUGAUGAACCAGACAUAAUGACACCGGAACCUUCAACCACAACCACCUCCCUCACACAAGUCACAUCCUUCACUGAUGAACCACACAUUAUAUUUCCUGUCACUACAGCAACUGUUUUAAGCACAGACAUAAUGACAGUAUCGCCCACAACCACCCCCCUUACUGAGAACACACCCCCUCCUGCCGCACUAGAUACCACUAGCGUGGUGACAGGGUUUGUGACCGCUUUGAUACUGAUUAUGGUCCUAGCUACGACUAUAAUUGUGGUUCUACUGGCUGUGGUUAUUAGGAUAAAGAAGAACAAGAGACCAAGUGUGGAAAAGAGUCACAUAAACGAUGACAAGCUUGAACGGUCGGUGAGCACAGCAACAAGAGUAACAGAGCUAGUCCCAACUGAAGAGCCCCUCUACAGUUGCAUAGAGUCGACAAGUGACUAUAGCCACAUUUCUGUACGUACAAAUAAUCCCGAAAUUGUUACAGCAAAAUUGAAAGUUACACCUGAAUCAGGUCUACGAACAGCGUUAAACGAAGCUUACGGAAUGUUUGAAAGUAUUGAAGUCUCAAAGACUAAUACAGAAUUAGAGUGUGCAGUUGAUAAUAACAAGACCGCAAUGGAAUGUGAUGGACCAGUGACUGUCAGGAAUGAAGCGUACGGAAGACUAACAGAGGAUUCUGUAACAGGAGAUGAUUACUACGUGAACGAGGGAAUGGGAGGGAUAAAUGAAGUAACCAUGACAACAAACGAAGCAUACGGCACAACCAAGCAACCACAAAUGGCUAAGUUACCUACGACUAUAUUGCCAAUCCUUCAGCUGUAUCACAUGAUCCACCCACGAUACUAAACCCGGCUUACGGUAAUGUUACCAUCACUAAAGAUAGUGUCAUAGCAACUGAUGCUAACAAGUUGAGUGCAACAGCAGAAGUGACAAUGACAAGAAAUGAAGCCUACGUUGGAGUAAGACAGUCGAGUUCUGACAAUGACCCCUCAAUACCCACCACAGAGAAUGAGGCAUACAGUACAGUCCAUAGUGUGACUGCAUGAGAAUGAACUUGAAACUUAUUACUGCCUAAACUUAAUACUAAUUAGCAAGCAAACUCUAUAUCACGUUUAUACAAGCAUCUUGUAUACGUACAAUCUACC